AUGAUUCUCCUCGACUACCACAACCGCAUCAUCGAGGACACCCUCAAGACUCGCUUCAACCCCGAGAACAAGCCCAAGCCGGUCGACAUGUCCAUCGUCGACUUUGAUGGCGUCUCUUACCACCUCUCAACUCUGGAUGACAACGAUGCAAAGCUCAACCUCUCCAUCCGCUGGAAGUGCUGGAACGAACUCGUCCAGUACGGAGCCCUCGAUGUCCUCAAGCGCGAAUACAGCCGCUGGAUCAUUGACCCCGAGCACGGAUACGACUUUACCCUCCAAUUCGACCUCAACGACAUUGGCGGCGAUCCUGAGGAUGUGAUUCGCAGGGUAUCAUUAUUGAAGCGUAAUGCCAUGGCUGCUCCUUUCGAGAGAGCAUUUGAUGCACAGUCGUUGGCUGAGCAGGAGGACCACUGGGACCCCUCGUCCUCUCAAUUGAUGACCAUCCAUUACCGCGAUGGCGAGGCUAUCUACGUUCAGAACCAGCAGGACAGAGUCACUGUCAUUUUUUCUACAUUGUUCAAGGAAGAGACUGACCGCGUCUUCGCCAAAGUCUUCCUUCAGGAAUUCGUGGAUGCCAGAAAGAAGCCUCAUCUGCAGAACGCACCCCAGGUCAUCUACUCGCACCGCGAACCACCACUGGAGAUUCGUCAUGUCCCUGGUCUCUUGGACUCUGAGAGCCAGGGUUACAUUACAUUUGUUCUGUUCCCACGCAACUAUGCCGCAGGAGCUGUUCGUGAGGAGACAAUCUCGAGGAUCCAAAUCUUCCGCGACUACCUCCACUACCAUAUCAAGUGCUCGAAGGCGUAUAUGCACUCGCGCAUGCGUGCCCGCGUUUCUGAUUUCCUCAAGGUCCUCAACCGUGCCAAGCCCGAGAUCCAGGCGUCAGAGAAGAAGCUUGCCAGUGGAAGGACCUUCCGCCGUGCGUAA